AUGAACGACCCCACAGCAGUCAUCUCGGCGCCUCCACCCCGGUACCUCCUCGAAUCGGACUCCUCCGACGAGGAGGGACAAGGCGAAUAUGCAGCCUCCUCUUCCCGCCGGGGAGCACGCUCAAAGUCCAGUCCAGAGGUCAGGAUAAAUUGGGAGGGCGCAGAGGCGCAAAAGGGAUUGAAGGAGGUCGUGAUCGGUGUUGGCCAGUCUGGCCGAUAUCUCAGGCGGAGAUCAGGCGGGAAAGGGAGCGAGAAGGCAGCUGUCGUGCUGACACUGGGUGGGGAAGAGGUUGGACGGGGCUGGGUGAUGAAGGGGACGCUGUUGAUGGUCCUAGAAGAGGCGGAGGGAGAUGAGGCUUGGAGGAUAGUGGAGAAGGUGACCGCAGAGGUCAAGGCGGAAAGAUGGACUGUCGUUUCUGCCUAUGUACCAUCGAUGUAUAUACCAGAUCCCGAGCGCGAUAGUCGGUCUUCGUCGCAGCCGCCCGUCCGCCACUUUGCUGCAUCACCUUCGAGCUCGAAGUCUGCUGGGAUUGCUUCUUGGGAUUCGCCCAACUAUUUGACCGGUCUGCCCGGUGCUUUCGUCUCAACAGCCGCGCAUCCCGCUUCGGCCCUUGACUCCGCAUCACUCUCUACCAUCCUCCUCCCUCUUCCACUCUCAGGCAUCGACUCUACUAGCCUCUCAUCAGCCUUCGACUCCGCAGCACCUGCCCUUGCCAAUCUCUUGACGGCGAAGCAGAAGUCGUCAGAGGCGAGAUGGGACGAAGCGGAUGAUGAGCCCUUCUCUGCACCCGGCAUGGGCGGUGGGCGCAGGUCAGGAGGGCGGGGCGGGGCCGCGGGGCUGGGCAAGGAAGAGGUAUCGAGCAUGUACAUGUGA